GGAAGAUCCGCCCGUCGCCAUCUUCGAACGCCGACCUGGCGUAGCCGCACUAUUCUGCGAUUGUUCCCGACGAUCGAUGCAGACGCUCAUGUCGCUUCGGUCCAUGACCUCGUCCAACGAGAGCGACGAAGACCCGGCGUUGGCAGCUGCAUGCGACGGUGACGAGAUCCUCCUCGACCCCAACCGGUUUGUCCAGCGCAGCCAGUGGGUGCCGCACAGUGCGCGUAAGCAGUGCCUCGUAUGCGCGCGCGACUUUACGCUCUGGCGCAAGAAGCACACGUGCCGCAUGUGCGGCGACGUCGUUUGCAGCCGCUGCUCGAUGCACAAGCGAGUCGAUCUCCCGCUGAUCGAAAACAAGUUUCGCGUUUGCACGUGCUGCUUCUUUGCCUACCGCCAAGGCCUCAAGCCUACGGCGCCAUCGACCCUGCGCUGGCGCAAUGACGACAUCCGCGCCGAACUGCUCGCGAUGGACACGACAACAGUGACGAAGCUCACUCCGGACGCUACCGUCUUGUACGAGCCAGCACCGGUUCUCCUCUAUGAUCCCGCGCUGGACGAUGAGUGUACGAUGUCGCGACCGGGAAGCAACGAAUGCGAUGACAGCUCGGACGCCUCCAUGACACUCGACGAUAUUUUGGACGAGGAAGACGCGGCCAUGAACGCCCGGGAGCUCGAGCUUGAAGCUCAGGUACAAGCAAGUCGUCUCCGCGUCCAAGAGCUCGAGUCCAAGAUUGCGUUGCAAGCGUCCAAGCAAGACUUGACGUUGCAGCAACAGCACGAGCUCCAAGAAGCCCGCAAGCUCAUCGUUGAGCUCACGCGACAGCUCAAGGCGCAAGAAGAUCAAGUCCAGCUACGCAUGACGUUUCGUGAAAGCUUGUGUGUGGAACCAAGCACGCAACGGUCGCGGCGAAUGAGCGGCCCGACGCCGCAGCAGCGGCUUAAAGAAGAUCUCCAGCUCUCGACAGACACGGUGAAAUUGCGUCGACGGCUGCAGAAGAUGGAGCGGCAGCUCAAGCAAGCCGGCAUCAAUGUGGCCGAAGACAUCCCGUACGACGAAGCCAAGGAAAAAGUCGCCGAGAUCUCAGCGCGCCUGCAGGAGAUCGGGUCGUCCGAGAUCGUUUGCGACGACAAGCAACUGCAAGCAGCGCUUCGUAAAGAGUACUUUCGACUUGAGCAGGACAUGGAGCGCUACAACACGGCGCUUAUGAUGACGGACGAGUACAUGGAAGCUGAGCGCCAGAAGGAGCUACAGUGGGAGCUGCAGCACUGCGCCACAAACGAAGCCGCGCUGCGGCAGCUCCGGUGCUGCAUGCCGGUCAACCUCUCGGUGCUCACGGAGAAGGAUUUGUCGGCGUGCAUCGGCCCUGAUUUGGCCAAGAAGCUCAAGCGCACCAACGUUCUACAGCUACUGCGCGUGGACCCCAAGACGAUCACGCGUAUGCACCCUAGUGUCAUCGAAGCCUACCGUCUCACGGGCCUCAGCGUUCUCGAGCGUCGAGCGCUACACGUUGUGCUCGCCACGCCUGCCGCCGAGUGGAAGAAGCAAGCGACGUCCGAUGAACUCUCGGCGCGGAAGCUCGCCUGGUUCAAGAAGCUUCACGACGCGCUCGUUGAUGGCAUCGGCCAGCUCGAGCUGCACAAGACUUCCACUCACGACUGCGGUCGGCGCCAGCAGUGCCCAGCGGUCGUCGAAUUAAAAGCGGAGGCUUUGUAUACACGGCCCACGUCGAGUGUACCGUACCCCGCCGACGCCGUGUACUUUGUCCAAGACGUUGUGAAGAGUGAUCCGGACGGGGCAGGCGAGAAGGCGCUUGCUGAAGUGCGCAAUCAAAUUCUGCUUGACCGCCGACAAAAGGAGCUCAAGGCCCACUAUGGCAACUUGCGCCUCGUGACGCAGGCGCUUGGUGCGAUGGACGAUCUAGACGCGGCGCUGAGUCGCUUCGCCACUGCCGAGGCGGCACUCGUGCAGCGCCAAUGCCUUGACCAAUGGUCUUCGCUGCUUCUAGACGCCCGGGACGUCGUGCUCAGCAUGGCCAAGCGCAGCGGCAUGCACCUCAGCGGGAAGCGCGAUCCUUCAAAGGACGAUAGCGACCCGCGCGCGACCGUCGAAGUUCACGUUGCCAUGGACGUUUUGCACUACGUGGAGGCGAUGCUUGAAGAGAUCGAAUUGGCGCUGCUCGUGGAGCCGACAUCGGGAGCACGAACGCGAAUCGUCGCGCAGCUCAAGGCCGUGCGUGACGUCAGCAGCGACCUCGGCGUCCGCAACCGGGCAAUUGCUCCGACAUACAGCGAGAAGACCACCCGCUUGAGCUGGAAGCAGCUGCAGGCGCCAGAUUCGGUUGCCGUAACGACGCAAGCACCGACAGCGCCAACUACUACAACUGCUCCAAGUACAACUCGUCCUGCAGUGAGCUUUCUCGAUGAAAUCAAGGCCAAGAAGGCAUCUGCCGCCAAGGCGCCGGUUGACAUGCUCGCUGCCAUCAAGGCCCGGCGACACAGCAAGCCAACAUUGCUCGACGUGCCCAACUCGGCUUAGGCUACUCCACAUUCAGAUCCGGCCAGAUGCAUGGCGUCUACAGCAGAUCAGAAUGUUAGAUAAAUGUGUUCGUGUUCUUAGUACAAGCGUCAUUGCUAAACCA